CUAUAUAAUCUAUUUCGAAAUUAUGAAAGCUCACUCUGUAAAACCUAGCUUCACACACAAAAUUCAAUCAAAUAUCCCUGUCCUCUCAAUUACUCGAGCAUAUUUCGAGCUGGGAUGGAGUAGGCUUGGUUUUUGGCCAUUUCUACUGGUACCCAACCAACAGUUGGAUCUCGAUUUCAAGUCUGAUUCCUUUCUUGAUCUGAGCUCGAGGUUGCAAUGUCGCAGGGCUAUGCAAUUGAGCUUUACUUUGAUCCCGCUCUCGAGAACCAGGUGUUGAAGGCCUGGAAUGUGUUGGCUAGGCGGCAGAUCAGCACUCAGCUCAUUGAAAUCGAAUCCCGACCUCACAUUACCCUCUUUUCAAGCUCCCUCUGUGAUCCUUUCAAGCUCGAGACCACAGUGAAAAACUUUGUGGCAAAGCAAGAACCUUUGCCUCUAUCAUUUGCUUCCAUUGGGAGCUUCUCAAGUGACAACAAUGUUCUCUUUCUAGCCCCAACUCCGACACUGUCUCUCCUUCAGUUCCAUUCUCAGCUGUUUGAUGCCAUGAGAAAGGAAGGAGUUGAGGUGGGGGAGGAGUAUCGCCCUGAUAUGUGGCUUCCGUAUUGCCCUGUAGCUGAAGGGGUGCCCAAGGCUCGGAUGGCGGAGGCCUUUAAUGUUUUGAGGGACUUGAAACUGCCUGUUUCUGGAUACGCGAUGGAUAUUGCGCUGGUUGAGUAUCCACCGGUACGUGAGGUCUUCUCGUUUGCACUUGGUAAUUCUGUUGAACCGUGAUGUCUAAAAGAGUUUAUUAGCUGUUACUGUGCACUCUGGCGUCAUUAUAAGAUUGUUCCUUUAGAAAGUAAGUGUAGAGUAUUGUUAACUGUGCUGUUGUAGUUACAAAUUUAGGCCUUGUUUCCCUGCUACAUUAAUGGUAUUUUACAUUUGAGUUUGGAUUUCUGGCCUUUCUUCUAUGACAAUAUUAUUGGCCACAUUUGGACUGUAAGUGUCUGUUUGGAUAGGGGUUUUUGGAAGGUUUCAGAGGUGAAAAAAUUUGAUUGCUUUUA